CAUAUUUCAAUGCCAGAUUUGGAAAUCAACGGAGUUGAAAUGGAAAAUGGUGUUGGAAGAUCAGACAGUUUGAAAGCUGAAGAAGCAAAUGCUCUGCGAGAAUGGGAUCCUAAGCAUUUACUAAAAGCCCUCUACGAAAUAUCAUAUGAACCACGAGUUGAAACAAAAAGAAAUCGAUUUGUGACAAUGGAAGGACAUGUAGAGGUCCCAGCCGACGAGGUCACAAAAUCAGACGGUCUAGAUAAUGAAGGAUGGAUGAAGCAGUACAUUCGAAUGAAAGAAGGACGUCUUCAAAUCUUUGCAUCUCACUACGCAGGAGAAGCUCCAGCUCAAGAACUUGUGCUCUCUGGAGCAGAUGUAGAUGCCAAUAAGGAUGAGAGAACUUUGACUAUUCAUGGAGGAAGGGAACAUGUUAAAUACUAUUGCAGAGUUCCAUCAGCAGUAUUCGACAAAUGGCGUCAAUCAUUCCUAUCACACUGUGCAUCUUCUCUAAUUGAUGCCUAUGUUAAACCAAUUCCAAGAGCAUUCCAACAUUUAACUGAAAGAAUUUUGAUUCUUGAACUUGGUUCAUGCUCAAUCAGAGCCGGUGUUCUUACAACAGAACCAUCACUUCCACAAUCAUUCUUCCCAGCCAUAGCCGUCCGAACUGAUGAUGGAAAGAUUUUCGUUGGAGAAGACGCUUAUAGGCCGGAAAUUAGACAUAAUGGUGAUUUUGUUCGACCAAUCUCUGCUACAGAUCCAUCAGUGGAAAGAUAUUCAAUUGAUAAAGAUGUUCUGAAAGCAGUUAUUGGAAAAGUAACAAAGGAAUUGAAAGUUGAGCCAUGGAAAUAUAAAGUUUUACUUUCAAUCCCUCAAAAUAUCCCAACUGUUUUGAUUGGAGAAUUACUCCAGAUUUGUCUUGAAGAUAUCAAAUUUCAAUCGGCAGGAAUCACUCGUCAGCCAUCACUGAUUCUGUAUGCUUAUGAUGUUACAACUGGAGUUGUUGUCGAUAUUGGAGAAAGAGUUAAUAUUGUUCCAGUAAUUGAUGGAUAUGUCGUCGAAUCGGCCAUUUGUUCAAUUCCAUAUGGAUCACAGCAAAUGGGAGAUUCGUUAAGAGCAUCAUUAAGUGCUCAUAACAAAGGAUUAUACGCUUUUCAAAGUCCUGUGGAGAAGCUUAUUUUAAGAUUUGCACUGGAACAGACUACCUACGUACCAGAGGAUUAUCAAAAAGAAGAAAAAUCAGAAAAUAAAGAAACUAGAAUCUCAUUAGAUGCUUUCACACCAUCACCUGGAAUGCAGACCCGAUUCGAUAUUGAUAACUCCAGAUUUUUAUGUACGGAAGGACUAUUCAAGCCAAAGAAAUGGGGUCUUGACACGAAAGGUCUCCACCAAUUGAUCCACGAGGCAAUUCUUCAGUGUCCAAUUGAUAGUCGUCGAACACUGUAUAGAAAUAUUUAUUUGGCUGGAGGAGCAUCUCUUAUGCCAGGAAUUGCUGAAAAACUCGAACAAGAAUUAUCUACAGUAGUUCCAAACACAAUUCACACUCAAGUUAACAUCAGUCCAUGGCGGUAUAACGCAGCAUAUCUUGGAGCCCAAAUCGUCGCAUCAGCCUCCACAUUUGAAGACUCCUGCAUUUCUCUUCAACAGCUUCCAAAGUUCCUUGCACAGCUCCAGUCAUCGUCUUUCUGAAGCUUCGACCUGAAAAAUAAUGAUUUCGUUAAUUUCUUAUGAUUUCACUGACCAACCUGAAAAUUCCGCUUUAGAGGCUCAUUUUCCUGCUUUUUCGAGAGUUUUCUUUAGACCUUCGUGUACUAUUCGCUUUUGUACAAUUAUUUUCCUUUUGUUUUAUCGAUUUUAUUUGUCCGAGAGCUCUUUUUUACAUAUUUUUGUGAUACUGUUGUCGUAAUGUUUUCCCCGCAGUUACUUUCGUUAAAAGUUAUGUCAGACAGUUGAGUCGGCUAGCAAUUUUAGCUAGACAAAUUUAUUGCAUCAUAAACAUUUAUUUAUAAAG